CUCCUUUAUUUCCUCUCUCCUCUCUCCCCUCGCAUCCUUUGUUCUUCUUUCAUCCGGUUGGGUAGACAGAGAGGGAAGCACAGCUGCGCAAGGAAAGGAGGAGAGAUAAGGAAGCAGCAGGCAGCGGCAGCAGCAGCAGGAGCGAGAUCGGUCGAUCGAGCGCCGAGCUGCGGGAAGCAAUAAAUAGAAAUUAAGGUUCGAGCCGCCACCAUGGCGGCGCUUGCAGGCGCUCUAGAAUUCCUCCCCGGCAGCUUGCGCCCAUCAUCCCUCCCCCAAUCCUUCUUCUUUAUAUAGCCUAGUCACGCACUUGGCUCCCCUCACCACCCCAAAAAGCACCUUACCCCACUCCCUCCCUCCUAAGCUCCUCCUCCCUCCUCCUAGUGAGAAGAGAACAAGGCCAAGCCUUAGGCAGUCUCCGCUCUCAAGAGGAGAUCGAGAAUUAGAGGCAAGAUCAAGCUACCUAUCCUCACGGCAAGAGGCGAAGAAAGGAGGUGAGAGGGGAGGAAGGAGAAAGUGAGCAAGGAAGUGAGCGCGCUGGCAGGAGCUUCUUGAUGGGUGUUGGCUGCUGCCGUGGAUGGCGGGGUUCUCUCUGAGGGGAGGCGGCGGCGGAGGAGGUGGAGGUAGCGGGGGAAGGAGCGGUGACCGCGGCGAUCAUCCAAUCGGAGCAGACAGUCUGUUUCUGUACGCGCGCGGCGCCGCCGCCGCGGCCGCCGACACGGCGGGCGGCGGCGGCGGGGGAGGAGGUGGGAUAGGGUUCCAGCUAUGGCACCCGCACCACCAGCAGGCGGCGGCCGUGCCGCACACUUCGCAGUUUUUCUCCUCCGGGGUGGCCACCGGCGUCGUGUUGGGCUUCUCGCCGCAUGAGGGCGGCGGCGUGGGCGGCGUCGGCUUGGCUGGUGGAGGCGGCCCGGGGGGCGGGAGGGCCGGCACCAGCUGCCAGGACUGCGGAAACAACGCCAAGAAGGACUGCACCCACCAGCGGUGCCGCACCUGCUGCCGCAGCCGCGGCUUCAACUGUGCCACCCACGUCAAGAGCACCUGGGUCCCCGCCUCCAAGCGCCGCGAGCGCCAGCAGCAGCUCGCCGCGCUCUUCCGCGGCGCCGCAGCCAACAACAGCGCCGCCGCCGCCGCGGCCGCUGCCGUUGCCAACAAACGGCCCCGCGAGCUCGUGCGCUCCCUCGGCCGCUUGCCGUCCGCGACCACCGCGAUGGUCGACGCCACCACCUCCUCAGGCGAGGGGGACGGGAGGUUUCCGCCGGAGCUGAGCCUGGAGGCCGUGUUCCGGUGCGUGCGGAUAGGGCCGGUGGACGAGCCGGACGCGGAGUUCGCGUACCAGACGGCGGUGAGCAUCGGGGGGCACACGUUCAAGGGGAUCCUGCGGGACCAUGGGCCGGCGGAAGAGGCGGCUGGGCAGCUGCCGCCGUCCUCGGCGGAGUACCACCAGCUGACAGGGGCCGCGAGGGAGGGUUCAUCGCCGGCCGGGAGCAGCGAGGCGGCCGGGGGGCACGGAGCGACGGUGGCGACGUCCGCGGCGGUGCUCAUGGACCCCUACCCGACGCCGAUCGGCGCCUUCGCAGCAGGCACCCAGUUCUUCCCUCAUAACCCUAGAACCUAGCUUCAAUUCCUGCCAUGAAUUCCUAGCAAGUUUCAUUUACUGCCAAAGAUGAUGGUCGAGUUGCAUUGAUCCAAGUCAAGAAGAUCCAAGAAGAGGAGGGGGAUUGUUGUCCAUCGUUGAUGACGAACGCUAAUGCAUCUCGUUAGCUAGCUAGAGCUACUACUUUUGGAUCCUUCCAUGAAUUUUAAUUUCCUGUUGGUUAAUUAGUAAUGACCUUAAUGCAUUGGUGCAAUUAAAGAGAGAUAAACUAAAGUGUAUCUUAAUCACUCCCUUUUGAAAUCGUUUACUACU